AUGAAUAGAGCUAUUAAUUCUAACAUAUCAGAAAAGAAAAAGAAUAAAUCUGAGGCAGAGACAGCAGCAGGAAAGAAUCUUAAAGAAGAUAGAGCAGAAACAGUCCAUGCCGUAUUUGAUGGCUACUUUCCUUUUGACAGCCUCACUUCAUUUAUUAUCGCAACAGACAUGUUCUACAUGUUUUAUGUAGGAUGCUCUUUUUUCUACUACUAUUUUUUUGGUAGUUCUAUUAGAAAUGCAGAGACGCUCAAUUUCCACUUUGUGUCCAUUGUUACCCUGCUGAUUAAUGGUGUUAGCAUAUUUUUAUUUUCUAUAUUUGGAGUGCUCAAUCAGGUUUUUGCAAUUAAUUAUCAGAAGAGAUUGAGACAAGCCGUACACAAUUUGUUUCUUUUGACUAGCGCGUAUAUGAUAGUAGUACUGUUUGUGCUUAUUUGCACAAUGUACAUCAAUGGCGCUCAAGACAGGUAUAUAUUUGACUUUAUAAUAGGCAAGACUUUCGUAGUGUACAAUACCAUGUUCCAGCCAUUUUUCAUAUACAAAAUGGUAGUGAGCAUAGCGUAUUAUAUGGAGGGAAUGAAGCUUGUUUUUGGAAAUAGAAGAUAUAACCAAUUCUUCUUAGUUCUUAUCUGGGUUUGCCUCAUUAUAUCUGUCUUUUCUUAUCGCACAUGGAUUUACAAUAUAUUUAUAGACAUCUACGAAUAUAUAUCUCAAUGA